AUGUCGUCCCAAGAUUUUUAUUACGAACUGCGCAGGAAAUUUUUUAUUCGGGAAAAUCGCUACAGCUUGCAUAUUUUACCACCCAUUCGAUCAGCGCCCCACAACGACCUGCUCAUUCCCGGCAAAAAGGUCAGCCUGCUCCCGCCGCACGCACUGUCCGUCAACAAGCGUGGCCUGAGCUUAUCGCUACGCCGCGAUCGGCACAACGCGCCAUUCUCCCAGGCCGUUUGUUUGGUUUGGGAUCUCAUGUUGGUGUACGGACUGGUCAAAGCUGCCGGCGGUGAAAAUGGCAGCGGAAGUGGAUUUGUUAUUUGUGCCUGCAAUACGGAGGAGUGCAUCAGUCAAGGGACGCAGCGUUGUGUUGCCAGCAAUAUGUGCUUCGCUCAGGACAAUCAGAUCCGCAGUGCCGGGGCGGAUAGCAGCGCCGAUGCCCCACCGGAAACGCGGAUUGUGCGUGGUUGCAUUAACAGAUCGACGCCAUUGUUAUGCGAAAACCGUCCGCCAGCCACCAGCGCCUUUGCCCGCCGCAUGAUGGCCAACUGGCCGUUGCUGCACUGUUGCACUACCGAUCUGUGCAACCAGGAGGUCAUCCCUACCCUUCCGCCUUGGUUUCCCUCCGAUCUCUCGGCCGAGCAGCCCCUCGAACAACCAGAACCCGAACCGGCCAUUGUCGACGAAGCUGAUGAACACGAACCCAUCGAACCGGCCGAGACCACCCAGCCGAUCAAAACCCGUCCGCGUUUCCGCUUCCGCCGUCCCCCGCCGGACACCGAGCCAACCUCCACCACCGUCCGUCCUGCCACCAUCGAUUACGGCCAACUCGCUCGUCCCCACCUCGACGACACCAGCGCCCAGGACCUGGCUUCCUGGAGCGAAAUGGACAUCGCCGAGGGUGACCUCCACACUCCGCCUGAGAUCGUCACCUUCAACUCCACAAACCAACCGGAUGCCCGCAGCGUCCUGGUGAUCAGCAGCACCCUGGACAGCCCCGAAGACUUAUCCAGCACCCACGCCAACCUCCUGUACAUUGUCGUCCCGGGUGUCGGACUGGUGGCGCUGUUUGUCGCGUUGUGUUUAUUGGUCGUCGCGGUACGGCGGGCCGGUGUGAUCUACGGCUCCAUCCCGGCCACCCGCCCGGAUCUGCUGAAGCAGAAAGCGGCCGUGCAACCUACACUUCAGAUUGUCACGGAAUCGCUGGGAGGAAGUGGACGGUUGUCGUCAUGGUCGACGCCGUCCGUCGGGUCGUCGCGUUUAUCGGCGUAUGAUGUGGCGUUGCAACGGGAGCGGAUGGUGGAUCAGGAGAAUCCGUACUCGGUGUGGACGGUCAUGCAGGCCGGGCCGGACGCCAUCCCGGAGUGUGGUGCACAGGAUCCCUAUCAUUAUAACCGGAUGGCGUUGUACGGCUACCGGAAUGCCGGUGCGACGUCAUAG